AUGGUCAUCUUCGCGCUGUUGACCUCUUUAGUUGUGGCUUCACCAAGCCGGAGCGCCAUCGAUUCGCAGUUCGUUGGCUUCAGGCGUCACCGCAGGGAUGCCGCCGCUACGUGCGUUCUCAAUCGACCGUUUCUCUGCUAUGUCUUCGAUGAGCUCGUCCAAGAAUAUCCGGAUUGGCUAAAGACUGACGACCCGCAAAAAGAGCGGACUAAGUGCUCCCCGUGUGCCGUUGCGGAUUUGGAAGAGUGUUGGUUUGGGCUGUUCUACUUUCCCUUCAACCUAUGCACGCGCGAAAUGGUGGCCUCUGGGCAAUGCGAAGGGAAGAAUCUGAGUGGCAUCAACUACUCACCCGAGUCGAUCCCGCACACGACCCAAUACUUCCUGCAAUGCGAUGCCGGAUUUGUCAUCCCACAAUUCGUAUUCGCUGCUCAUGCGGCAGACGAUGACGUGCAAGAGACGUGCAUUCCAAGCCUUCAACUGGCAGCCGGAUACCUGCAAACGGACCCCACAGGACUCGAUAAGAACCCUUACGACGUCUUCGAUCCUCUACAGCCCAACUAUUGUCCGAAGGGCGGUCGUCAAGCUGGCGAAAAGUGCAACCCAUUGCAUAUUUGUAUGCCCGACCCGAAAGCAAUAAAAUUUUUUCUGGGCGGUUCAACUGUCAUCAAAAAGGCAGCCGAAUGCGACGAGCAGUGCGUGUUCCCCCGAUCUGAUGGCCAAUAUCUUCCGGAAUCGUGUGUCCUCUUGGAUAUCACUGAUCCGAGGGACACCCCUCCAUACUACACGCUCCGUCGAGCACUGUCGGGACCAUAUGCCACGUUGAUGAGUGAGGAGGAGACAAUUGACCUUCUGGAGAGUCUACGAGCACAGAAGCAAGUUUCUGAAGGCCCUGCUGAGCAGCCAGUGGACCCAUCGAAAUCCGAGGAGACAUCCCGUGUCGAGGAGAAUCCACAACGGCAGCACGGAGGUCGGGUGAAGCGUCAGGGUUCUUCACUUCGACCUGUUUCCUAUCCACGAUGCAUCAAGACUGACGGCCUGCCGGAAGAUCAAAAGGCCAUCGUGAAAGCCGACGGACUGCUCGACUGCGAGCAGAACCCUUUCUACAAGGAAUUGGGCCUCGAAUCGCUCACCGUCACCAAAUUUCCCCUUUGCAGUGCCGUCGAUGCAAAUAAGAAAUUCUGUCGAACCUCCGCGGCCAGCCAGCCAACAAACCCCACUGCAACAACCCCGGCUUCAGAAGGGGACUGGCUUGAUCCUCCGGAACCCUGGGCAAUGGUCAGCAUGGUCGUCGCCUGCAGCGGCGACGCGUUGAUGAUCAUCGCAAUCGCCCUCGCCUGGUAUAUUCGAUUCGGACGGCCGGAAAAGGAUGAUGAUGAUGAUGAGGAUGAAGAGAUGGAUUCGCAUUCACGCAAGCACGACUCGUCGAAGAAGAAAUCGGGCGACGACGAUGAUGCGAGCGCCAUCGAUUCGCAGUUCGCUGGCUUCAGGCGUCACCGCAGGGAUGCCGCCGCUACGUGCGUUCUCAAUCGACCGUUUCUCUGCUAUGUCUUCGAUGAGCUCGUCCAAGAAUAUCCGGCCUGGCUAAAGACUGACGACCCGCAAAAAGAGCGGACUAAGGAAGAUCAGAAGGCGAUCGUAAUAGCCGACGGGCUGCUCGACUGCGAGCAGAACCCUUUCUACAAGGAAUUGGGCCUCGAAUCGCUCACCGUCACCAAAUUGCCCCUUUGCAGUGCCCUCGAUCAGAAUAAGAAAUUCUGCCGAACCUCCGCGGACAGCCAGUCAACAAACCCCACUGCAACAACCCCGGCUUCAGAAGGGGACUGGCUUGAUCCUCCGGAACCCUGGGCAAUGGUCAGCAUGGUCGUCGCCUGCAGCGGCGACGCGUUGAUGAUCAUCGCAAUAGCCCUCGCCUGGUAUAUUCGAUUCGGACGGCCGGAAAAGGAUGAUGAUGAUGAUGAGGAUGAGGAGAUGGAUUCGCACUCACGCAAGCACGAUUCGUCCAAGAAGAAAUCGGGCGACGACGAUGAUGCU